AUGUACGUAAUAUAUCCUGCGGAUGAAGUAGUUUCCCUGACAUACAGCUCGCAAUCGCUGCCUCGGCCACGGCAGCGGCCUACGCUUGACAUUAUCUACGGGCCGCCGCCGCGAGCGCCGUACAGCGCGCUACCCCUGCCCCGCACCCCCACCCUCUCUUGCGACAAAACCCACCUCAAAACGGCGCCUCCGGAGCCUCCAGAGCGCGCGCCGGCAUCGCCGACGCCGUCGCUCGAGCGCCCAAAGCUGCGCGAGCGCACCAAAGCAAAGCUGCUCAAGAAGCUCGGCCGCCAUGAGGAUACUGAAUUCGGCAAAAUUGUUAGGACCCCCGCUCCCGAUGAAUUUGAAUUGCCCGCACCCCUUCCUACUCCUGCGUUCUCCAGAAAGAACAUAUUCGAUCGCGACUUCGAUGCACUGUUCGAAGUCGCGAACUCACCGCAGUUUGGUGCCCAUAUCCGAGUCACUACACCGGAACCGGAUCGCCGAUCAGAUCUCUCGGCUGCACACUUUCCAACACCAACAGCGUCUACGCUAAGCCUUCUUCCACCGCGGCCCCAGUCCGAGCCGAGUUCCUCGCCCGCGACCUCAGCUCGCACGUCCACACCUUCGACACCAACACCACAACGUUCGUCUACUGAAGGUCCACCUAAGUCGAAGAAAGUUAGUUUCUUCCGUAAGCUGAGUAGAGCGAGAGAGCAGUCGGUGCCGCCGCGCCCUACCAUCAUGCAGCAGCAACCGUCUGUUGAGAUGGCUUUGCGAGAACUCACGCACCCGACGCAUAAUGAACAACUUAAGAAUCAACAGCAAGUUACCUUCAAACUGGUGAAAACAGUGGCUGACUUUACGACGCAACUGUCCCAACUUUACGAGCAUCACUCCACGGAGCUGCAGGUCCUCGUCGCCAGUUUCCGUAAAAGAAGCAGCGAACUGAGGAAGGAAAGAGCAACAUGCCCAUCAUCACUAUUCCACACUUGGGAAACGUUACUCCAGGAGGUGGAGGCUGACGUCAUAGGAUUCAACAAUGCAGCACAGUCUUUGGAGAGACUGGUUUCCACACCACUCAUAGAACGGACCUUCCACAUGAAAGUCCAGGCUCGAAAGCUAUUCGCACAUCGAGAGGGCUGCGAAGUUAUCCUCGGGAAGGCUGAUGACCAACUGAACAAGAGUCGUCAAGACUACAGAGGGGCUUUCUUGAAUUACUGCAACAACCCGACACCAGCGACAUUAGCCACGUACUAUGAUUCCCACAACACGUACGUGCAACAACUGACAGCCACCAAUGCCAUGAUGGACCAGUACCAUAAACACACUCUUCCGACGAUACUACAGGAAUUGGAAGAAAUACUGACCGACGUUACUUCGGCGGUGAGCGAAGCGAUCUGUCAAGAAGGAGAAAUUAUUACGGAUAAGAGCAACAACCAGCUUCGCCGCUACGAGUCUCUGUGCGCUCAAGCUCGCGCAGUGUCCAGCACGGCCGACUUGGCACACUUGGCGAGAACCCUGCUCACUGCCACGCCCCCCAUGCGACCACCGAAGAGGGCAUUCCUACCACCAUACCCACCAGACGCUGACGACCCACCCCUGGAUGUUCCCGCGGAAAGCAUGCCUCCUAUUCUACGCGGAGAAAUACUUCUGGACCGGAUGGGCGCACAAGCGCGCGUAAACUACGAACAGCUGAAAAAAGACGCAAUGGACUUAGAAAUGCAAAUUAAACAGCUACAAGAAAGUCUUGAUCAACUAGGUCGACAUCAAACCAGAGGUAUCGAGAGUAAUCUUUACAACAAAGUAAAUGAAAUACAGGAAGAUAUAUCUGUAAAGAAAUACGACUACAGAGCAACGCAACUACAUCUAGCCGCAGUUAGAGCUCAGAGGGAGCUGUUUGCGGCGAAAGCAGAUAGCGGAGCUGCGGCAGUCGACCGAAAGUUGUCAUCAUCAUCGGCUGGAAGCAUGAAGAAUAAGUGGUUAAAGGCUUUCCGAAGCCUGAAGCCGCCCAGCGCUCCCCCACCCCACGCUGCACCACCAGACAAAAAAAAUCAAAUGUACCACGCGGUGUCGACGGUAAUGGCAAUGAGGAGGAAUGGAGCGGCAAGAGACGCAAUGCGCGCCGGCGGAGACUCCGAGGCACAUAACUUUCAAGAAUACACAUACAAGAAAAUCACGCCUUGCGAUGUUUGCUCACAAGUACUACGAGGUCACACUCGCCAAGGGCUCCGUUGUCGAUUAUGCAAAUUGAACGUGCACACUGACUGCAUGCCGCAAGUUGGCAGGUGUCAGACCAAAUCUCGACUCCUGCGCCGGCAGAAGAGUACUUCUGAGAUAGAGUCUCACAGAGUAUUGGAAACAGCCUUCGACGAUGAAAAGGAGGAAGUGGAUCAGACCUACCAAGUUCUGAAGCGGGCCAACGAAAUUGGGAAGCCGGGCGGCGGCGGGGAAUCGCGCGGGGGACCUGUAGUACGCGUGUCGGCCCCGGACGAGACGCCGCCCGCGCGCUCACCGGCGCGGCCCUCCGCAGGCCUGGCCGUGGCGCCGCAGCCCGUCUCCUCUAGCUCAGCGCCGCAUUCUCCGAGACGUCAAAAGUUGAACCUUAGGAUGAAGAGCUUGUCGCUGGACUCGCCGGAGUGUGGUGAGCUGAGACGGCGGCCCGGGCGCGACCAGACCUCGCAGGGCAGCCGCGUGCUAUCGCCGUCAUCGCCAGUACACAGCCGAAGGAUGCUUACUGCUCGAGUGGGACGUAUGAGCAGCGUGGAACUACCUGAUGAGCCAGACAAGAGCCUGUCUUCUAACAGCGCCAGCCCGUGCCCUUCGCCAGUCAAGCAGAUGAGCAAACAUCAACGCCUUCUGCCAACAAAUCUGUACGUGGUUCUGUACAACUUCAAGUCACGUCAUGCCGAUGAACUUGACCUUAAGGCGGGCUACAAGGUCACUGUGAUCGACACUUCGGACCCCGACUGGUGGAAGGGCAAAUGUCUUGGAAAGAUUGGAUACUUCCCCUCCAAAUACUGCACUAAGCUUCAAGCUGGAGAAAGGGCUUUGCAAGUCACACAUAAUCUUCAGGUGUCUGAUGGCGACACGGGUAUGAUGCUACUCCGUGACCAGAUCGUGAUCCAAGUAGGAGAGGAGGUCGACGGCAUGAUGUUGAUCCGCUCCGGCGACAACCGCCAGGCGGUGUGUCCGGUCAAAUUUCUACAGGAAGUGUGA